AUGCCUGUGGGGGGCCGCGUCCCCGCAUGGGAUAGCGGCGACGGCGUACGCUGGGUGCGCAAACAGGAGCGGCUGCGGCAGGCGGCGGAGUGCCUCGACGACGGACAAACUCACGUCGCGCGGAUCCGCCAUCCAGCAAGCCGCGACUUUAUCGCCCUCAACGCUGCAGCAAAAAUAGAAGAAGAAAAUAAGGAGCGCAACGACGAUGACAUACCAAGAAACUCGAAAAUAUUGCAACUUCUACGCAUGCACUAA